AUGGAUAUGGUAGACGAUAGUUUUGGCGACACGCUGGAAUAUUGUCACAACAUUAGGUUUAAAAAGCUGAUGGACGUUGACUAUUAUUCUGACUCAAAAAAAUUUUUUAAAGACAUCUCCACAAAUAGCGUAAACACUAUUUAGAAUCAUCUUGAAAAAGUUAUGACUGGAAGUGAUAGCUAUAAUUGGCAUGACUAUGAGAAGGAUUUAAUAGAUUUUGCGCUCCCUUGGCUAACUAUUGCAGCAGUUGUUUUUGUAAUUUGGGUCAUUGCAAUUCUUUAUAGGAUAUUUAACUGAAAUUUGUGCAAAAACUUUCCCACGCUUACAUCAGUAAGAAGAACUUGCUUGGCCUCUUCAAUAAUCUUUACAUUAGGAGCGGUAGUGAGCUGUGCAUUAGUUGUAUUAUACGCUGACUACGCCUAUCAGUCCUGGGAACAGAUUCAAUGUGGAACAUCAAGAAUGCCUCAUUCUUUGCUAAAUGGGUAUGAAGAUUCUAAUUGGAUUGGACUUAACCGAGCAGUGACAAAUACAGGGAAUAUUAUGGAAAACAUGCAACAACAAUAUAUAACCUCUACAAAUACCCUGUGGAAUAAUCAAGCAUGGCCAAGUUUGACCUUAGGAACUUCUCCAGUCUACAAUGCACUCUUAAAUUACUAUAACUCCUAUUCAAAUAUGUAAGAAUUAUAUAGCCAAGUUGCAAAUCCAAACCCUCAGUAUUCAGGAACUACAAUAGCUACUGAUUAUACUUCAAAUCUUGGGCCUCCAACGACAACUUAUUCGUAUACAGGAGUGAUAAACCUACAAAUUAACCAAAAAAUAGUUCCUUUAUUAAGUGUUUACAAUGAUCUAAACACCAUUACAACGACAGAAGUUACGAAUGUUCCUAAUACUGUAAAUGAGCUUAAACUUGCCUUAGAAAAACUAACAGCAUUUAAAAACGGAACAAAAUUGAUGGAAAAGAACGUCCACAAAUGGAUAAGAGAGCAUGACGAUGAGGUGAGAGACAUUUGGCUUGCCACAAGCUUUUUAACUGUUCUUAUUGGGUGGACUUUACUUGGAGGAAUUAGUUUGGUAGUCUAUAUAAUAAUGAUGAACAGAAGAAGAUACGCCAAAGCAAUGUUUGGGUUUUGGGGAUUUAUGGGACUAUUUUCUGUCAUUGGGCUCCUUGCACUUUUAUAUGUAAUUGCAGUUGGUAUCUCAUCCAAUGAUUUUUGCAGGUUUUCUGAAGAUCUUCCUACAACUGAAGGCUUGAGUAAAAAUUAUAUAGAUAAAUAUAACAUCGCAGUUCCAAGAGACAGCGCAGGAUCAGUUAAUGAGUGCUUAAAUGGCGACCCCAACCUUGCAAACUAUACUGAUAUUACGACAACUUUAUUUUUUGCUGCUCAAAUGCAAGCUGAUUAUAAAACUUUUCUUGAGCUUAACUCCAGCUUAGCUUAUUUAUCAAACUUCACCUCUGUGACAGCUAACCAAAACGCUGUAUUUUUUAAAUAGAUAAACCAAGCCCUCAGUUUCCAAAAUGUUGCUGCAAAGACAGUAAAAAAUAAUCAAACCCCUGAUUACUGUUUGUCUCAGCUUAACCUUUACAGUGACUAUUCUAAUGCUUCGUCUUAUCAGCGGACAUCUACAUGCACCAGCACUGUUAUGGACAGAUUUGUCACUUCUUUAGCCAAUUGUCCAGUAGGCUAUGUCUAUAUUUCGGCGACAUCUCCAAAUUCAAAUGUAGGCACCCCUUCCUGCUUAGUAAUUCCAGAGUGGAGUAGUAAUCUUUUGACUAACCGCUAUGAUGGAAAAUUAGUGUGUGCAAAUAUCCCAGCACCAUUCAAUACAAUUCCUAACGCCAUUAUUCAGUACCAGACCAGCUUUAGUGCUUUUAUGCAGGACACAACGACAAAGUUCAACAAUAUUAAUACAGCAUUUGCGGUGGUAACUGGUAAAAUUACUGAACUUGUAGACAAUACAGCUGGUAUGGCCCAAGCCGUAAAUAAUUAUUUUGGAAACGAUAUAGCUUCUCUUAUGGAUGAAAUUUUUGGGGAAAAUCAAGGAGUUUAUAACCAUUUGGUGUGUGGGUAUUUAUAUGGGGAGUAUCAAGAUAUGGAAAGAGCAGUUUGCCAUAAUGCGAUGCCGAGCUUGAUGAUUGUAUUUGCAAUGAUGCUACUUGGGAGCUUUUUGACGUUUUUGUUGAUGAUUAUAAAUAUCUGCUUGCAUCAAGGAUUUAUUAAAACUAAUUUCUAA